AUGCUACAUGUGCCUAUCAUUGAGAACUGUGUGGGCAAAGUUGAGAUAUAUUUGUCUAAAACUAUAUUUAGAGUUUCCAAAGUAACUACUUUGAUAAUAUGCAAACUUGUAUGUGGAGAUUUGUCCCAAGUUACUGAAAAUAAGAAAAUUAAAAUUUAUGCAGCAAUUUCAAGCAAGCCUGAUUCUAAGUAGCUUUUGAAUAUCAUAAAUAAAGAAUGGAAUGUGAUUACAAACCCAAUUUUGGGAACUGAUGCAGGAAAUUUAGUUGAAAUUGAAAGUCUUAUUGUUACAAACCUGACAAAUUAUGCAUACAUCAUAGUUAUUCCUGAAACCAAAGGUAGUUAUGUAAAAUUUGAUUAUUUCCUAACAGACUCCCUAGAUAUAGUAAGUGGAUCUAACAGUACCUCGCUAUCAACCAGUGUAUCCUCGUCCUCCACGGAUGAAUCUGGAGUAUUCAAUAGUUAUUCGAGGAAAGUCCUAUCUUAUACUCUUUCUUCAAUAUUUGGAUUCAUGUUUGUCCUUGGAAUGGUAUAGAUAUACAGAGUAUUUUUCAGUCAAGAAUCAAAGUUAAAAAAACUUUAUGAGGAAGAGUUAAGAUUAAAAUAGCUUGAAAAGCUUAAAAUGAGAUAGAAAAGAGAUAGAGAAUAGCAGCAAAUGACUAUUAAUAAUGAGAAGGAAAACCUUAGAUCUGUAGAAGAUAACUAUGAUAUCUGUAUGCAAUAGCUAUAGUAAAAUAAAGUAUCAUAUGCUCUAAGUUAGCAGGAGUUGGAGUUACAAAUUUAAAAGAUAAAAAAUUAAAGCAAUUUAGAUACUUAUGAAGAGGACAAAUAAGAGCAAGACGGGAUAGAUUUCGAUGAUGAGACUUAUACCAAAGCGAAUAAUACUUCCUUUAAUUUGACCAAUAAUACAAUGGCAAAUAUAUUUAAUGGUGAAGCAUCAUUUACUGGCUCGAACGAUUUAAGCAAAGAUGCUAGAUUAUAAAGAAAAUAGAAAAAUAAGGACUCUAUACUUUUGAGAUAAUCAAUUGAAUCGCUUAAAGUUGAAAGCGUGAAAAGCGAAUCAUAUGGGUCGAGCACAAAUAACUCGCAGGGGAUAUCAAUUUAAGAUCCAUAAUCAAGAGUAGCCAAGAAAAAUAAAACUUAAAUAUAUGAGCACAAUAAUAUGAUAUAGAGAUGA